AUGAUGUUCUGCACGGCUAUACCCUUUCUUGGUGCCUUGCUGGCGGGCGCAAGGGACGGCGCCGCACUAGCUCUGCCUCAGGACACCGAUGAUCUUAACAGGAACGAAGUCCCAGCUGAAGGAGGCCAUGCCAUUCCUCUGCAUUAUGAGGAAGCUAGUAGAAUUAGGAGGGGCUUGCACAGACAUCCCUGGGAACUCAUCUUUCCCGGUCGUUCAACUAUCAUGAUAUUGGCGUUGCUCGUUGUCGCGUUCUUGAUGGCGAGAUGUUUUCAGCAGCUGAAAGCAGCAGACGCUGCCAAUACCACGCCGAGGAAUCUCGCAGUGGGAGGAGAGCCAAGUGAAUCAAGCGACGACGAAUGCAAGGUGAGUACCCAGCUUAAGACCGGGGUGUCAGACUCGGCACCCAGCGGCGGACGUGCGUUGUUUGAGUGGCAGUUCAAACAACGCAUGACCGCCCGUGUCGCCGGUACUGCAAACUGUGGGCUAUGA